GUCAUAAAUUUGAAAAUAUAACAUUAAAUUAUUUAAAAAGUCUUGGUAGUAGUAAUACAGUUAUCAUCACAGUUCCUGAUUAUGGUAUUGAUAUUCAAGGAAAUUUCAAAAAUGUUUCUUUUAUAAUGCAAUUAAAAUAUACAAUUAAUCCUGAAGAUUAUCCUGUAAAACCAGAUAAA